UGGGCGGCAGCUUUACUUGAAAAUAGAGGGAAAUCCAAUGUAUCGUUGAAACAGUCACAAUGGGGAGUUGAUGAUUGCCAAUGUAGUUGAAAAGAAGAAGCAUUCCUUCCACGUUUUUAUCAGCCAAGCCAACUUUAGUCACUGGGAUGGCAAAGCUUUCACCUCCAUUCUGACUUUCCUAUACUACUGAUAGGAAUUAUUGAUGGAAAACAAAAGCUCUAGUCAAUUUUAGUUAUUUCUUUCCUUGGACUCAAGUAAUGGUUAAGAACCUUAGAAGGCUUUGCCCCCCUCCCCCCCUUUAUAUCUUCUCUUCUCUCUCUUGUCUCUUUGAUCAGAAAUUUAGACUCAGAUAAGGUCAAUUGUCUUUGUUUUGGAUAAGAAUUUUGCAUAAAGACCCAGCUUUCAUUUUUGGGAAAGACAAAUGAAGAGGCUUUCUGUUUUUCUACAGUGGAAUGAUUUCAAAUUUGUGAAUUUGGAGUUGGUUUAGAGAUUAAACGAAAGAGUGGGAAAAAGGGUUUUUUUUUUUUUGGAAGAAGUGGAGGUGAAAGUUUGAAAUUUUACAAGGGAAUGAUAAAUUUUGAGGAAUUUGAAGUUGCUGGUUGAUUAAAUAAAAGGGUAGCAGAAAAGGUUGGGUUUCCUGGUUUUCAUUAUAGGGAAAAAGUGAAAAAGCAGAUAAAAAAAAAGGAUCAAAACAAAGAAGCGGAAGCGGCAAAGGAAUGGCAAUGCCGGUGGAGCCACCGAAUGGGGAGAAGCCAAUGGGGAAGCAUUACUAUACAAUGUGGCAAACCCUAUUCGAGGUUGACACAAAGUAUGUUCCAAUCAAGCCAAUAGGAAGAGGAUCAUACGGCAUUGUAUGCUCAUCAAUCAACAGGGAAACCAAUGAGAAAGUGGCUAUAAAGAAGAUCAGCAAUGUGUUCCAGAAUCACGUUGAUGCGUUGAGAACUUUGAGGGAGUUGAAACUUCUCAGACAAAUUCGACAUGACAACGUGGUUGCUUUGAAAGAUAUUAUGAUGCCAACUCAGAGAACCAGUUUUAAGGAUGUUUACUUGGUUUAUGAGCUUAUGGACACCGAUUUGCUUCAGAUUAUCAAGUCUUCUCAGCCACUUUCUAAUGAUCAUUGCAAGUAUUUUCUUUUUCAGCUACUACGAGGGCUGAAGUACCUUCACUCGGCAAACAUCCUGCAUCGAGACUUGAAGCCAGGGAACCUUCUUAUCAAUGCUAACUGUGACCUCAAGAUAUGUGAUUUUGGGUUGGCUCGAACCAGCAGAGGCAAUGAACAAUUCAUGACAGAGUACGUUGUCACCCGUUGGUACCGCUCACCCGAACUCUUACUCUGUUGCGACAAUUAUGGCACCUCCAUUGAUGUUUGGUCAGUAGGAUGCAUCUUUGCGGAGAUUCUUGGUCGGAGACCUGUCUUCCCCGGAACAGGAUGCCUCAACCAGCUUAAUCUAAUUAUUGGUGUCCUCGGAAGCCAGCAGGAGGCUGAUCUUCAGUUUAUUGAUAAUCCCAAAGCCAGAAGGUAUAUCGAGUCACUUCCUUUCUCUACGGGCAUCCAUUUGUCUCGUUUAUACCCUCAAGCCGAUCCUUUAGCCAUAGAUUUGUUGCAAAGGAUGCUUAUUUUCGACCCGUCCAAGAGAAUUACUGUCACAGAAGCACUCCAACAUCCUUACAUGGCAACACUAUAUGAUCCAAGGUGCAAUCCACCAGCCCGAGUCCCGAUUCAUCUCGACAUUGAUGAAAACAUGGGAGAAGAAAUGAUUAGGGGGAUGAUGUUGAGUGAGAUGCUUCACUACCACCCAGAGGCUGCAUCAACAAAUGCUUACACCACAUUGUUUUAGCUUUGCUUACAGAAACAGUAUUGGUAUUGGUAUAGAGAAUUCUACUACCUUGGAGCUUACCAAUUGAGCAAAACAUUUUGUCUUUAACACCUUGUUAAUUAGUUCGGGUUUUGAAAUAAAAUAAAUCCGGGUUGAAACA